UAAUCCAAAGUCUGAAGCAAAAAACCCAAGUAACGAAUCAAACGCCAAUCAUUCAUCUUUGAAUCUCGACAUUUGAAAAUCGAAUUUCAGUUCAAAAUCAGCCAAAAUGGACCAUCAGAUCUUAAAGAGGUCCUUAUUCCUCCUGAACGAACGACGAUCGGCAAGUGGCGAGGACGAACGACGAUGGGUAGCGGCGGUGAGGUGCCGGCGGCGAGGAUGGGGGGGACCAAUAUGAAAAUACCAAACAGACCCAAGACGUGGUUUACCGUUGGGUUUUGCUGACAAUCUUCUCAUCCUUCUAAUCCCACCAAUUCUCCAUUUUUCUUCUAUCUAUCCAACUGCUUAUCAAAUUGAUCAACACCAUCUAACAAAAAUACAUACUUUACGAAGCAAUUGCAUGCAUGCCGGCCGUGAUCAAUUCAUUCCUUUAUUUGGGAUGAUAAAUUGAAAUUCCAUCUGGUUCUUCAAAUUUUGUUAUAUUGAAAUCAUCAAGGGAAAAACACAACACUGGCUUCAAAUCUGUAAAGGGUUGUUGAAUAGCUUCAUCAUAUGUUAUAUUCUACUGUCCUAUGUUACUUGAGCAAAUAUGAUAUGCUCAUCAGAAAGUGGCAGAUAUAGCAUAUUGGUGGAUACAGAUGGGUAUGAACAUCCCUGGACUCUUAACUUCUGCUGGCAUCAAUAUAUCAAUCUGUGCUGUGCUCCUGUCCCUGUAUUCUGUUUUAAGUAAACAGCCAAGCAAUGCAAGUGUAUACUUUGGUCAAAGGCUUAGUCAAGUUCGAACAAGAAGGAAUGAGCGUUUCUCUUUGGAAAGAUUUGUUCCUUCCCCAAGUUGGCUUGUCAAGGCAUGGGAAACAUCAGAAGAAGAACUACAGUCAGUUGGAGGAUUGGAUGCUGUGGUUUUUAUUCGAAUGAUCAGUUUCUGCAUGAAAAUUUUCUCAGUCGCUGCAAUCACAUGCACCUGUCUUGUUCUUCCUGUCAACUAUUAUGGAAAAGAGCUAGAACACAGGUCUAUUGCAUCGGAUUCUCUGGACUCGUUCACAAUUGGGAAUAUUGGAGAAGGAUCAAAAUGGCUUUGGGCUCAUUGUCUGGCGUUAUAUAUCAUAUCCUUCUCCACAUGUAUUCUUCUUUAUCUAGAGUACAAAAGCAUUGCAAAUAUGAGGAUGGCAUACAUUAUUGGAACUUCCCCGAAUCCAAGUCACUUCACGGUUCUUGCUCGCUCCAUUCCUUGGUCACCGGAAGAGUCAUACAGCGAAUCUGUGAGAAGAUUCUUUAUGAAGCUCUACCCGACAAGUUAUUUAUCUCACCAAAUGGUUUAUGAUUUUGGAACUGUCCGAAAACUGAUGAACGAUGCAGCUACGAUGUAUAAGAUGUUGAAGAACGAUCCUAUUGAGCACAUUGGAUCAAAUUGUUUGAGAUGUGGCUUAUGCAGAGGGAGUAAAACUUCUUUCAAGGUCCUUUUUGAACCAGAAAGCGCUAGGUGGGGGCGUGACCCAGUUGAACCAGAUCUAAGAGACAAGGAGUGUCCAGCUGCGUUUGUAUUUUUCAGGACCCGAUCUGCUGCUUUAACUGUGUCACGGGCUCUUCAAUCAUCGAAUCCAAUGUUAUGGGUAACUAAUUUGGCUCCAGAACCCGACGAUGUUUACUGGAGAAGCCUUCAAUUACCUUUUGGACAACUUUGGAUUCGAAAGAUAGCUACACUUCUAGCCACAAGCAUGAUCCUACUUCUAUUUAUUCUACCUGUCACUCUUGUACAAGGCCUUGUUCAUCUAGAUAAAUUGCAAACUUCACUUCCACUAUUAAGGGGAAUUUUAAAGAAUAAGUUUGUAAUACAGAUUGUGACUGGAUAUCUACCAAGUGUAGUGUUAAUGUUGUUUCUGUAUAUUGUCCCACCAAUUAUGAUGCACUUGUCGACAUUGGAAGGUCCAAUCUCUCGGAGUAGCAGAAAAAUGAGUGCUUGCCGGAAAAUCCUAUACUUCCUUAUUUGGAAUGUUUUCUUUGUGAAUGUUAUUUCUGGAAAAUUUCUUGAUAAAUGGGGUAUCUUUAAUAGACCAAAAGAUUUGCCCAAUGAACUUGCUAGAGCAGUACCAUCCCAGGCUACCUUCUUCACGACGUAUGUUCUGACAUCAGGUUGGGCAAGCGUUUCUUCAGAACUUGUGCAGCCUUUUGCCCUUUUCUACAACUUUAUGAGUAGGCAUGUUAUUCGAAGCAAAGAUGAUGCAUCUUAUGGUCCUUUUGCUUUUCCAUACCACACAGAAAUUCCAAGAGUGCUUGUCUUUGGAUUACUUGGCUUUACCUUAUGUAUAUUAGCACCUUUGAUAUUGCCAUUCCUUCUUGUAUAUUUCUUUCUUGCCUAUCUGGUCUACCGCAAUCAAAUUCUUAAUGUUUAUGUUACUACAUAUCAAAGCGGAGGUCGAUUUUGGACAAUCGUACACAACACUUUGAUAUUCUCAUUAGUUUUGACGCAAAUAAUAACAAUGGGGGUAUUUGGUAUAAGAGAAGCUAGCAUUGCAUCAGGUUUGACGAUACCAUUGAUCAUUUUCACGCUGCUGUUCAACGAGUACUGCAGGAGAAGAUUUCAACCAAUAUUUCAAAAAAAUCCAGCAGAGGUUCUUAUUGAUUUGGAUAGACAAGAUGAGCAACAAGGGAGAUUUGGAGAAAUUUAUCUGAAACUACAAACAGCUUAUUGUAGAUUUACAUCAUCAUCCACUUUCAGUAGGGAUGAUCGUUUAAGUCGUUCUGAGAAGUCGGUUAGUCAUAGACCAGGUUUAUGACUAACAACAUUGAUGGUCACCAAUGUUGGUGGGUUUUCAGGGAAGAGGUCAGGCAGGGUAAACAGUUCGUCGCGUUCUAGUUUGGAGAUAAGGAGAAAUGAUGUCAAAGGAUGUUGAAUCUAGUUAGUUAAAGGAAAUAUUAUUAGAAACAUAUUUUUUUUGCUGUUUUUUCAGCAAAAGUUUUUUUUGUUGCUGGGUUAGUUAGAAAAAUGUGUGUAUUUAAAUCAAGAACAUUUUUGUUUAUCUUCUAUAAUAAUAUGUUGAA